AUGUCGCGAAACGUAUGCAUUACUGGUGCGGAGGGCCAAACUGGCCACCUAAUUGCCAACUUACUGCUUCAACAAGACAAAUAUCCGGACAUCGAUAGGGUUGAUUCGGUGGUGGCUUUAACGCUUCACCCCAGACACCAUCAUGUGAAGGAACUACAGUCGCUCGGCGCCAAAAUUGUUCAUCAUAUUCCCGGACGAGAGAAAGUCGUGGCGAAUGCUCUCAAGGAGACAGGCUGCGACACUAUCUGCCUGGUGCCACCGGCCCAUAAGGAUAAGCAUGAUAUAUGCGUAGAACUAGUCCAAGCCGCCAAGAAGGCCGGUAUACAAAACGUGCUGCUCAUCAGCUCUGCAGGCGCCGACUACGCAGAUCAUAAGCGCCAGCCCCGUCUGAGGGAGUUCAUCGAGCUCGAGAGUCUAGUCCUGUCUACUAAGGGGGAUCCGUCGGCUCCGCUUGGGCACUCCCCUUGUGUGAUCAGGGCUGGCUUCUAUGCCGAGAAUAUACUGCUCUAUGCACCGCAAGCACAGUCCGAAGGCAGCCUUCCGCUGCCCAUUGGAAAGGAACAUAAGUUUGCCCCGGUGGCUCUCGGCGAUAUUGCCCAAGUCGCCGCCCACGUUUUAUCCGGCAAAGGCCCACACGGGUUCGACGACAAGCAUCGCGGGCAGAUGAUGAUCGUUACUGGUCCUCAGCUAUGCGCCGGAGAAGAACUUGCCACAGCGGCAAGUACAGCCCUCGACAGUCCAAUGCAGUUUGAAGAUAUUUCACCGGCGGAAGCGAAGAAAGUCCUUAAGGCACAAGCGUCCGAGGUCGAUGAGUCGGAGAAGGAGUAUUUACUCGAGUACUACAGCCUCGUGCGUGAGGGUAAGACGAACUACAUCGCGACCACGGCGUUCCACGACGUCACCGGGAACCACCCUACUCAGCCUACGGACUUUUUCAAGAUGUAUUCGGAUGAUUUUCGUCCAAAGAAGAAGGCUAAGCAGAACCAUUCAUGA